GCAUACGCGUAUGAGUUACUUUUAACCAGUUUCCGGUAAUUGUCGUAAACGUUCUUCCAGUUUGAUCUUCAAGGGUAUCUACGAACUAGAGUCAACAUGCUUCGGUUUACUAAAGCAGCUCUGAACGUCUCCGGACAAGGUGCCCGUCAUGUGAGGCUCAGUUCGACGCAUGCCCCUGAAUUCCAUGCCAAGUAUGGCACUGGCCUGAUGGUUGGAGGAUUCGUGUUCUGUGUAUCAGUCUGGGGAUUUGUACUAACACAAACCGGCAUCACAUGGAAUCUGUCUCCAGUUGGGAAGGUCCAACCCAAACCAUGGAGGGAGGUGGAAGAAUAAUGGACUGAGACUGCUCUCUUUUGAGAAAUCGACCACAGCAGACCACAAAACACUUAUCCCAGAUAUCCCUAUAAACAUUCUGGUUGUACAGCUGGAUACCCAUGUUUUUAACUUGUUGCCGUCCUGGCAUUACCCAUGUAAUCAGUAAAUUAAAUGUAAACCAAACAUUGGCUGAAUAUCUUUUACUUCAGCACUCUGUUGUGGUGUCCCCUUUCAUGUACCUUUCAAAUGGUAGGGGGUGCCUUUGUCAAAUGGAAUCAGGAAAGUAAGAGUCAAGAAUAUAUCUGUACUACCAUGUUUUUCUAAAAUCCUAGAAGAAUUGGUGUGUAGGAGAAUGUUGCCACAUUUAAAUCAACACUGUAUUAGGCCAUCAUUGUAAAUAAGAAUUACUGUCAUGUGUAGUUAAAUAUAAGCACCAAUUUGUUUUUGUAAGAACUACUCUACAGAUAUUUUGCAACUUGCUCUUUUGCAACUUGUGGAUAAAAUAUUUACAGCCCUUAACAGUGAAUACCCUCUUGGCAUCUUUAGAUAUAUCCAAAGUGUUUGACACAGUUGAUCAUGAAAUAUUACUUUCUAAAAUGCAUUAUUACAGUUUUCAUGAUUAUA